AUGCCACAUUCCGGAGUUUGGAAGCCAGAAGAGGCAAAACCAUUGAGGAUAGUAUUUGAUGCUUCCUCUAAGAGAGUCGGACAGCUUUCGCUGAAUGAUGUGAUCUACACAGGAGAAUCCUUCGUGAACAAAAUUCAUGAUGUUCCAGUUGCAAGUAGAACCAGUGGAAUUAUUCUUUUAUGCGAUAUUGAAGCGGCUUUCACGCAAAUUAGACUAGUGGAAGAUCAUAAAGAUUUGUGUCGGUUUUUAUGGCUGAAAGACAUGAAUAAGCCUCCAAAUCGAGACAACAUAGCAGAAUACAGAUUCAAUCGUUUGCAUUUCGGUAACACCUCGGCACCAAGUAUUCUUAACAUGGCCAUUCUGGCAUAUUUAAAUCACAAGAAUACUCCGUUCUCACUGGAGAUUGCAAAAAAUAUUUAUGUGGACAAUAUUCUCUUAUGCGCCACCACCAAAGAGGAAGCACUAGAAAAAUAUACUGCUUCAAAGAAUAUUUUCGGCAUGAAUUUACGAGAAUAUAUUUCAAACUCUGCUGAAGUUAACAGAGCUAUUCCAAGAGGAUAG